CAUAACUACUUCCUCCUAGUACUAUACAAACACCUUUCUCUCAAAAUCUUUCACACAUUUUCAACAUAUAUAUAUAAAUGGCUGCUACAUCAGUUUUCAGUGCAACUCCAGUCACAUUAUUGACCCUCAAUAACAAAACCAUCAACUUUUCUUCACAAUUUUGUAUCAAGAAAAACACCAUCAGGUGCAUGUCCUCUCCUCAAGAUGGCUCAAGCACCCCAACUACUGAUGGUUCUGCCAAACCAAUAAUUACAUCAUCAUCAUCUAACCCGACCCCAACGCCAAUGAGUUCUUCUAUCCCACCACCACCGCAACCAGCUCCUAAGGUCCCAAAAGUCAGCACCAAGUUUAAUGACUUGUUUGCAUUCAGUGGACCAGUGCCCGAAAGGAUUAACGGGAGGUUAGCCAUGAUUGGGUUUGUGUCCGCAAUGGCUGUGGAGCUGAGCAACGGUCAAGGUCUGUUUACCCAGAUAUCUAACGGAGGACUAACGGUGUUCGUCGGUACAAGCGUUGUGUUGACAUUGGCGUCGUUAGUGCCGUUGUUUCAAGGGGUGAGAGCCGAGGCCAAAUCAAACGGAGUGAUGACGUCAGAUGCCGAGUUGUUGAAUGGACGCGUCGCCAUGUUGGGUCUGAUUGCUUUGGCUUUCACGGAGUUUGUUACUGGAAGUGCCCUUGUGUAAUUUUGUUAUUUUGACAGACACUAGCUGAAUUGAAGCAUAGAUAUAGAAGAAAGGUGUUUCCCAAUGCAUAUUCAAAAAUUUGAUGUAUAUAUAUAAAGGUUUUGUAUGAUUAUGAUUAAAUGCAUCUCUCA